GCAACCUCCUCCCCUGCCUCAUUUUGCCUCCCUACCGCCCAAUCCAUUUCCCAUUCGAAAAAGAGCGAGACUUUCCGCCGAUUUCACCUUCAAAAUCACGACCCAGUUCAGCAAGAACCCUCCUCGAAUGCCAUCCUCCACCUUUCUCGUGUUCCAUCUCUCUCCAGCCUCUCGAUAGGAGGAGCUUCGUGAUGCCGCCGGAAUCGAGGGACAGGUUGGUGAGGGCGGUCGAUGUGGCCGCGGCGUACGCCCGAAGGCGAGCGGGUAUCCUCGGAGUGCUUGAAGACGAGCCGGAGCGGCGUUCGAAUCUCUUCGAACCCGUGGUGGCACGGCGCACGGCUGGAGCCGCGGGAGUGUGGGCGACGGCGGGAUUGGGCCGCGGCGGUGCGGUUGGGAGGGGCGUUUUGGGGACCCCAAGAAACGUGAGCGGGCGUGGCAGGAAUCUGUUUGCGACUCCGCUAGUGGGAAGAGAGAAUACGCCGUCGGCCGGUAGCUCGAGGAGAGGCCGGGGGCGUCCGGACAGUGUUUUGCCUUCUUGGUACCCGAGGACGCCGCUGCGCGAUAUUACAUCUGUUGUGAGGGCAUAUGAAAGGAGGAGGGCUCGGCUGUCAGAGAUUGAAGGACGACAAGCAGAUACUCCAGUAGCCACGGAGCUGGCCAUCGGUGAAUCUUCUGUACCACAGACACGUGCUCCACUCGAACACGAUGUUUCUCUUUAUACCCCUGGUCCAGUAGUUGCAGAAAAGCCUUGCCCGCUUUCUGUAGGCAAAGUGCCGAAGAUAUUGCUUGACAUUACCAACCAGAUUCGUGUUGGUGACUCAGAGUUCCUCACACCCCAGAAGAAGCUUUUAAAUCAAAUUGACACAGUCGAAAAAGUGGUAAUGGAUGAGUUAAGGAGGCUCAAAAGGACACCGAGCGCUAAAAAAGCAGAGCGCCAAAAGAGAGUUCGCACACUGAUGUCGAUGCGAUGACGCAUCGUGAAAAUUCUGGAGUACAGAAGAUGACAGGCCUGAGCACAUUUAGAUCAAUAACCUGUUGAGACAGUCCUUCCUUGUGGAAGAUCUAGUUCACCAUUUUUUACCCCUUUAAACUCUAGCUGAAGAUCUUGGUAUAGGAUCAGUAGGCAUUUUUCUCGCCCGUUAACAAGUUGCUGAAGGUCUUGGCAUAGGAUCAGUAGGCACCCUGAGUCGGUCUUUUUUCGUUUUCUAGAGCCCUUUGCGAGUUCUUUGGUGAUGUUUCUGGAACACAAUGUACAUAAGAGAACCUACAUGGGUUUGAUUGUUUGCUCGAGGUCUGUCUGUGUACUUUUGGGCAUUUGCAUAAUGAAAUCCAGGCAUCAUUUCUCUUCAAA